AUGGGAGAUAUUCCAAAUGAAAUUGCCAAUCUUUCAAAUCUUAAAAUUAUGUCUUUGGCUCAAAAUCAACUCAUUGGCUACAUACCUAGAAGCAUUGGAAGUUUGGUUUCGCUUCAGGAAUUAGAUCUUGGUUUCAAUAAUUUACAAGGUGAUAUACCAAAUGGUAUUGGAAAAUUGGAUAUGCUUCAAGUGCUAGGUCUUGAACAUAAUAAUUUACAAGGUGAUAUACCUGAAGGAAUUGGGAAAUUGGAUAUGCUUCAAGAGCUAUAUCUUGAUCAUAAUAAUUUACAAGGAAGCAUUCCCGAACAGAUUGAGAUUGAUUUUAGUUGGAAUAAUUUGUCGGGAGGCAUUCCCUCAAAUAUAUGUCAUGGCCUUCCAAAUUUACAAGCUUUGGAUCUUCAAGCCAACAAAUUAUUUGGAGCUAUACCAUCUGAUUGGACACAAUGCAAGGAACUCAAAGAGUUACAAUUAGGAGACAACUUCUUCACAG